AUGCCUGAGUGGGAUGCUGUGCCGGUGGACCAGAGCUCCGAACCCGCAAGCGGUACAUUUAAUCCAACCACUGGUCUUAUAAGCUCGCGGGCAUUUGCUAGCACCCUUGAAAAUGCUGUUCAGUCCCUUGAUCCCGUCGAUGUCGAUGCCUACUGCUCGGAUACCAGCACGAAGGUCCGGAGCGGCAGCUACUUCUCCCGGUCGCCCUUUAUUUUCGCGUUAUUCCUGGGCACUCUAUUGGCAGCGGUUGUUGGUGCCAGUCUAUUGCAGCCAGCCCUGUCUGGUCCAGCUAGACGAGACCUACAGCGGGCUUGGCAGGCUGUUAAAAGUAAGGAUGCUCCUUGGGAUUUGCCCACUCUGGACCAAUAUGAGCAACACCUUUCGCUAUCUGAGACUAGAGGAAAGGCUCUCCUAGCAGCUGCCGCGAAGAAGCGGGGCGAAAUCAGGUUUGCCUUCCCACGCGCUUUGGGCCAGAGCGCAAUGGCCACCCUAGCUGAACAACUUUCUGGGGGCAGGACAACCAACUUGAUUGGGCAGACAUUGAUACUCACUGACAUUCAGCCGUUGGGAUCAAUGGAGAUAGAGCAGGAGCCCCGGGAAUACAUAGUUUCAAAGUACCUGGGGGAAGGGGCAUUAUCAGUGGUAGUAGAGGUGAUAGAGAAGCGCACGAAUGAAACGAAGGCGCUGCGGCUGCACGCCAUACCGCAGCAUCUGGACUCGGUUUCUGUAACUCCUGAGCUAGCGGAGGAGGCUAGCCGCACUGCGUUGAUUGAAUCCACCACGGCCAUGUUGCAGGCAGUAGGAACAACGCCUCUCACUGCAGCAGCGGAAGAGCGGGGACUGGCUCUGGUUUCCGCCGUCGCCAGGGUGCAAGGUGUACCAUCUGUCUUACCUUGUGGCUCUUCCUACUUUGUGAAUGAAGUGGAGAUUGCUGAUCGUUACUAUGGCACCGUUGAGGGUCUGUUCAGUCCUACAACACGGUUGACAGAGGGCGCAAAGGUGUACGCAGGACGGCGGCUAUUGUUGCAGGUGCUGCUACUGCAGCGUGCUGGCUGCAGCCAUAACAACCUGAAGCUGCAGAAUCUUUUCAUGAACCUUGAUGGCUCUUUCUUACUGGGCGACUUCGGAGCGGGAAGCCUUAUUGGGGAGCCCCUGGACAGGGUGCGUGGAGUGACCCCAGCCUAUGCUGAAAAGGAACUCUCCCUGGCGGCAACAGUCACUAGCCCGGACGCUCCUCCUGCCAGGGUGCAUAGCAAGUCUGACUUGUGGGGUUUGGGGAUGUGCCUCUACCAGAUUUUCACUGGAGGUGAAAUGCCGUAUGGACUGGGCGGUGACUUACCUGCUUCUGAGAUAUUUGAUUUUCUGGAGAAGAAUAAAGUGAGAGCAGUAAUACUUGACGCUCCCCUAACAUCGGCAAGAGUACCCGCAAGGUGGAAGGAUUUGAUUAUUAGGCUGCUAGAAGUCGAGAGGGAAAACAGGAUUGGGACUGAACAAUUAAUCGAGGAAUUCGCUGAUUUGCUUCAACUCUAA